AUGGCAUCAUCGGAGAUGACGUCCAUGAAUGCCUCCCACAAGACGGCGCCGGAGACCGGAUAUCAAGUCUCCGCCCUUGCUGUCACGAUCUUCUACGGUUUAAUCUCCAUUUUCGCAUCCGCCUCCGUCAUCUCCAACCCUUCUCCGUCUCCGGGCCUCCUCUUCCUCCUCAUCAUCUUCGAUACGUUGAUGGCCGGGAUCGUGGCGGCAUCCACGGGUGCAGCAGGCGGAGUCGCGUACAUCGGUCUGAAGGGGAAUGAUCAUGUGAAUUGGAUGAAGAUAUGCGACAAGUUCGGUAAGUAUUGUCGACACGUUGGGAGCUCGAUCGGUCUGUCGCUUGUCGCCUCCGUUGUUCUCGUGUUGUUGGUGAUCUUGUCGUCGUACUCCUUAUACCGUCGCAUUCGUUGAUCAUUGUCUACUGGACAGCUGGUGUUGUUGUACAAGUGUCGUGUUGAUCUUGUUGUUAGCUAGCGUGUGUUUGUUGUGAAUUCAAAUGCUUUUAAAAAAAACUACUUGUUACGUUGAAUGGAGAAUUUAAACAUAUAUAUGUUGAGGUUUCAAAUGUAUAUUA